AUGAGCGAAGAGAUUCAGCCAGCGGCGCUGUAUAGCCAUCAGCGCGAGGCGGGCGCGGUGCGAACUGCUUUGCCAUCAAGGCCCAUGUCCUCGAAACCGAACGAGGGUGUGGCUGCAUCUUCUCAGGAACGAACACGGCUUCCCACGGGCCAAGAGGAACACGGCCAGCGACAAAGGCUGAGCGGAAGCCCACCUGGUUCAAAGGCAAGCGCAUCUUCAGGCCCCAUGUCCAAGCGAAGCCCUGGUUCCGAGCGUGGCACGAAAGCGAGCCCUCCUCCAGGUGGCAGUCAUGGCCAAGUGUGCAGCAACUGCGGAACCACUCGAACGCCAUUGUGGAGGAGAUCACCUCAGGGCGCCACGAUUUGUAAUGCCUGUGGACUCUAUUUGAAAGCCAGGAAUGCUGCUCGCCCGACAAGCCUCAAGAGACCGCCGAAUGUCGUCCCCGCGGACCCUCCACGAACCGCUCCACCGAAACCCGCCGCGGCCGCGGCAUCAUCGAAGGCUGCGUCAAAUGCGACUUAUGUAUCUGCCGAUCAGACCCCUGGGGGAACUUGCCCCGGCGGUGGCCGUUGUAACGGAACGGGCGGUGCUGAGGGUUGUAAUGGUUGUCCGGCUUAUAACAACCGAGUCUCCAAGAGUGCCAACCUUGGCGGAGUGCAAAAGCGACAAGGCUGCCAAAGCCGGGGAGAAAGUGCAAAGACGGAGCCCGUUCCUGUGGACGUCAAUGCUGCCCAGGCCCAGCAGAAUGCCAAUGCUACUGUUGUGAUUGCGUGCCAGAACUGUGGCACCACUAUCACUCCUCUCUGGAGACGAGAUGAGAGCGGCCAUACUAUCUGCAAUGCGUGUGGACUUUACUAUAAACUCCAUGGAGUUCACCGACCUAUGACGAUGAAAAAAUCAACAAUCAAACGACGAAAACGAAUUAUUCCCGCCUCUCAAGAUGAAGACAUGGAAGACGCGAUGGAGUCUGUCGAGACACAAAGCCAACAUGACUCGGGACCGGAGAGAGGGUCGAUGAACGAGGAUGGAUCCGUCAACCUUGGCCUACGUCGUCGACCAGACCACCCACUCACGAUCGAGCCUCAGCCAGUUGUGCGACCUACCAGGACAAUGUCACCACUUCCGUCGACAUCCGAUCUCGCUGCAUAUCAUCAAUCGAGCAACCCUCGCAACUUUCCUGGCUCAUUGAACGACGAUAAUCGAUUGGCUCCCAUGACAUCGAUGGGAACGACCACUGAAAGGCAGACAUCUCUUUCCCCUGCCUCAUUUCUCUCACCAGCACGAAAACGAUCCUUCUCCACGACCGAAAGCGAGGCAUUCAACUCGGGGGAAACUGCACAGGAGAGCUCGAAGCGGGUCUCGUCGAUUAAUAUCAAAUCGAUACUCAACCCUUCGACCUCGGCCGACAGCCCUCCCAACAUGGGAGCAGGAAGUGACGACGGGGACUACUCUCUACCCCCGAUACGAUCACCCGGAAGCACGAUCGCCUCGGCCCCCAGCCCUGGGGCCUUCUCGAAUCGUGAUCACACCCCGGGUACCCCAUCGAUGUCGCGCGAUUACAGCAUGGAUGGUGAGAGGGUCAAGUCGGAGCGUCGAGCGGCGCUACAACGUGAGGCGGAUAGAAUGCGGGAAAUGCUUGCCGCCAAGGAGCGGGAGUUACAGGAACUCGGACAUGAUUAA